CCCCCCCCCCCCCCCCCCCUCUCCCCAUUUACAUGAUACACAGACAGAUGCAAAAAAAGAAAAAGCGCGCGUGUGAGAGAGAAAAAACAACAUCACCAACAAACAAAAAAUGAUGUGGGAAGCUGGAGGAGGAUCAACAGCUUCUUCCUCCGCAGCCGGUAGCGGUGGUGGAAGUGGUGGUGCCGGAGUUGGUCUAUCGGAAAGUGGUAGUAAUUGUGGGAGGAGGAAGCCUUCGUGGAGAGAGAGAGAAAAUAACAGGAGAAGAGAGAGAAGAAGAAGAGCAAUGGCUGCCAAGAUUUAUACAGGCUUAAGAGCUCAAGGGAAUUAUAAUCUUCCUAAAAACUGUGAUAAUAAUGAAGUUCUUAAAGCCCUUUGUGCUGAAGCUGGUUGGAUUGUUGAACCUGAUGGUACCACUUAUCCCAAGGGGUGCAAGCCAACCCCAAUGGAGAUCGGAGGCACUUCAGCAAACAUCACGCUAAGUUCUUCAUGGAAUCCAAGUCCCCAAUCAUCAUACUUUGCUAGCCCAAUCCCAUCUUAUCAGCCGAGUCUAACCUCCUCUUCUUUCCCCAGUCCAUCCCGUGCUGAUGCUAACAUGUCAUCAUACCCAUUUGCAUUUCUUCAUAAUGUCAUUCCUUCAUCACUUCCUCCAUUACGAAUAUCAAACAGUGCCCCUGUAACGCCACCUCUUUCAUCACCAACUAGGCAUCCUAAGCAAACAUUCAAUUUGGAGACUUUGGCCAAAGAAUCAAUGUCUGCUUUAAACAUCCCUUUCUUUGCUGCUUCGGCCCCAGCAAGCCCAACUCGGGGUCGGCGUUUUACUCCUCCCACUAUACCUGAGUGUGACGAAUCCGACACAUCCACCAUUGAUUCAGGCCAAUGGAUCAAUUUUCAAAAGUAUGCGACCAAUGUUCCAACUUCUCCAACUUUUAAUCUUGUAAAACCUGUGUCUCUGCCACUUCGUUCUUAUGAUAUAAUCACGGAGAAGGGUAAGAGCAUAGAAUUUGACUUUGAAAAUGUGUCAGUCAAAGCAUGGGAAGGGGAAAGGAUUCACGAUGUAGGAUUCGAUGAUCUGGAACUCACGCUUGGAAAUGGAAGUGCUCGCGUAUGAUUACUUUGAUUGAGAUUUUAUGAGUUAGCUAGCUGAUGAGGGACUAUGCAUUUCAGUGGAUGUCCGAGUUUUAUCUGGAGAUAUUGCACAAACGUAGAUCUUGCAUCAAUUGCUUCUUCGGACUGAAAAUUAUCUGUUUCAUUUUACCUUAUGUAUAACAUUCUUUUCCCUUUUUUUCCCUUUAUCUGAAAAGACCCCUUCAAUAUUUACAUAGGUCUUUCCACAAGCAUUACAUGUAGAUAGAAUCUGCUCGUUUCUGUAAUCGAGAUUUAUUUUCUUCAUUGUAGACUAGAAGGAGCUUCUCUACAAAUAUGAACUAUCGGCAUUUUUCCCUUCUAUUGAAACUCACCUCUUCUGAAUGA